AUGCACCGGAUCUUCAGGACCGUUGCCGCACAAGACGAGGAUCGAGAGGGAAUAGCGCUGUGGAGUGACGUCAUAGAGCCAUCGAAAACGGCCCGGGAUGGCAGCAACAGGCGGAUUGAACCUGGCAAAGAGCAGGAACAUGACGUUAAUGAGGGCACCCACAACGGCAACGACUUCGUUACUAAACUGCAAGCAGACGAGCAGCUGGCCCGGGAACGUCUGCAUGAGCAUUGA